GCAGGAGAUAAAGCCACCUGCAUAAAGUGCCUUUUCGAAUCAACAAAAUUGUGUUUGAAGUAUGGACCAAAAUAGGUCACUGCAAGAAGACGCUGAGGGUGAAGAAAGCAGCAAAUAUGAACCCGGAGUACAAUACAUUCAAGACCCCUUCAAGCGACAGACAAGUUUCAAAAAACGAAAAGCAGGCUUAUUUAAGAAGGCGAAUGAACUUUUCAUGCUUACUGGAUCAGAAGUUAUGGUAAUUGUCGUCUCUGAGACUGGAUUAGUACAUACAUUUUCGUCGCCAAAGCUAGAAGAUGUCGUGAAAUCACCGGAAGGACAGAAAGUGAUUUCUCAAAGCUUAAAGGGAAUAAAUGAAGAUGCAUACGAAGAAAAUAAAUUUGGUUCUGAAAAUGGGCAAGAGUCCACGGCGGUCAUCCGUUCAGAGCCAGACUUACCAAAGGAGAAGACCGCAUACUUGAAUUUUGGUUUGGAAGGAGAUGGUGAAGAAUCAUCUGGAUAUCCAAUUGAAAAUAACGAUCAAUUUUUUAUGUCUUUUUCCCCUCAUCAAGAUCAAGAACAAGAGAAAGAACCUGCUGUGCAUUCCUCAAAGUCGUUGACUUACAACAACAGUAAGUAUGAUUUCCUUUCCGAGAGGAAGACUCCCACGAAAAGUCAAGAAGGAUACUCAAUGCGGGGGGAAGAAACGGAUGAUUCAAUGGGAUUUUCUCCCGGUGAUUUGCAAGAAUUUUCGAAUCAACUAUCUGGUCUGUUUCAAGAAGACAAACAGAACGGAAACAAUAAUUAUUUGAUGCAGAGAGCAAAUUCGUUCUCACUUCCUGCUGCUUCAGGCUCUUCGUCCGUCCAGAAGAAGCGUCGCCGAAAAUCGGAGACGAAACCAAGGUCGAAUACCAAAAGUAUGCACAUACCUCCUACUACGCCAGAGAAGACGAAUUCAGAAACAGUGUCGCAUAAUCAAAAUGAACAGUUGCAGCGUCAAAGACCACCUCUUAUUCCACUGAGUCGAUUGCCUAGUCUUGCUCCUCUUUUCACGGAAGCACCUCGUACAGACGAUAUGAGGUAUAUGAACCAGAAUUAUCAGAUACCUCCAAUGAUGCCUUAUCCAAGGCCUAAUUAUGCUCAAGAAACUCCUGCACCAUCUUAUUAUCAACCGUCGUAUGAUUAUUCUUUUCCAAUAGAGCCUUACGACGAAGGGUAUCAACGGUCAGAACCCAACGACUUCAACUAUAUGCCAAUCUAGUAAAGGCAACAAUUGGAUAAAGACGGUGGUAUAUGAUUAGUCUUUUUGGUUAUAUGUAUGAAUCUUUUAUGUUAAUAAUAUUAGGCAGUUUUUAAUUUUUCCUUAAUAAAUUUUUUUGUGUAAACACCC